UUUUGCUACAGAUUCGCUACAGAUUUUAUCGAUGUACGUGAAAAGGAAACCAGACGAGGUACACGUGGUGUGGGUAAUCCUGAAAAACGUAAAAAUCUACGCUUAUAUCAAACGAGAAGGCAACGACAUCAUCAGCAACAACAACAACAACAACAACAACAAAUGCUUGCAGAUGAUGCCUCCGACUUUGCUGCCUUACCGAGAACAGUUUCCACGGUAAAUACCAAUUUGAACAGUUCAACAACAUUAACAAAAAGUCAACAAAGAUUGUCAGCAAACAAUGGCAAAGGUAAAAGCAAAAGUGAAAGCAACAACAACAACAACAAUAAUAAUAAUAACAACUACGAUAACAGUAAUACUGCGACUUUGGUAUCAGCUGUUGCCGUUUCCAUUGGUAGCAUUAAUGAUGACAUUGCCCUCACUCGCCACGAUAUCAAAUCACUAGAAAAUUCCAAUAAAACUGUCAACACCGAAGCGAUAAACCUUAGAAACACUUAUACCGACAGCAGCAGCAAUGUCAACAGAACAACGUCAAGUGUUAGCAGUUAUUCCAUCCAGCCCCCCGCAUCAUCAACCACAUCGUCGUCGUCGUCGUUGUCGUCGUUGUCGUCGCCAUCAUCGUCUUCUUCUUUUAGAGGUUCUUCAUCUCCUUCGACCAUUUCGAGUAACUUGACAUUAACUGUAGACGCUCAACCAUUACCACCAUUACCACUUAUGCCACAGCAAUCUGCUAGUAGAUCAUCGUUUGUGGCUGUGCCACGUCAAGAGAAAGACUCUUCAGAGGAAUACAAUACAGGACGCAUUAAGCCGGAAGAUUUAUUAGAGUUACAGGAGCGUAUUACAAAGGAAAUACUCAAUUCGAAAUUACAGGAAAAGGAAAUGCUUGAAUUGCAGGAAAAAAUCAAUCGUGAAAUUUUAAAUUCAAAAGUCUUCAAUAUGGAUGCGGCGGCGGCCGGUGCAACAUCGACAAGCAAUCGUCGUAAAAGAAAACGUAAAAAUCAACGAGCUGUCAAUGGUAUGGUAGCAGAUGUUGGCGGCUAUAAUAGCGGUGGCAGUAAUCUGGGUUAUGCAGUCGGUCCUUCACUGGCCGUCGGCAGCAGUAGCAAAUGGAAAAACAGCAUUUCAUUGAAAGCACGCAGUUUAAUGAAUUUACACAAUAACGAAGCAGGCAGAAGGGCUGUCAUCAAAAAGACCCGAAUAACGUGUAAAUGUCAUGGCGUUUCCGGCUCUUGCAGUUUAAUUACGUGUUGGCAACAGUUAUCAUCUUUAAGAGAGAUCGGUGAUUACUUGCGAGAAAAAUAUGAAGAGUCUACAGAAGUGAAACUCAAUAAACGCGGACGUUUGCAAGUGAAGGACGCGCAGUUCAAAGUGCCAACCGCUCAUGAUCUGGUUUAUUUAGAUGAAAGUCCAGAUUGGUGUCGCAGUAGUCGACAAUUACAAUGGCCGGGAACUCAUGGACGCAUUUGUAAUAAAACCUCGAAUGGCCUGGACGGUUGCGGUAUUCUAUGUUGUGGACGGGGCUAUAAUACGAAAAGUAUUGUUGUAAGAGAACGUUGCAAUUGUAAAUUUCAUUGGUGUUGUCAGGUGAAAUGUGAACUUUGCGUGAGAACCAUCGAAGAGCAUACCUGUAAAUAAUCGCCACUAUCGCUAUCGUCUGUGACUAAAACACAUGUCUCCUUCUUCUUCUUUUUUUUGGUUUAUUUUUAUUUUUUAAUUUUUGUUUUUUUUUUUUUUUAAACCAUUUUUUU